AUGUCUGCUAGCAGGAAGCUGCUACUCUUCUUCAUCUUGUUGUUUGCAAGAGCCGUGUCGGCAGAUGGUGGAGAUGACUUUGCCAACAAUCUCUUUUCGGAUCUGGAACCACUGCUGGCGCUCUUUGGAGAACGAGUGACUAUGCAAUUCAUGAGUGGCUCUAUGGGUUGGGCCGAUAACAUCAUUCUUGCGAUGGCUCCUCUUGGUAUUAUUACUGCUAUUGUAGGAGCAAUUCGAGUUGGUGCCCCGUCUUGGCUUAAGGCGGUGAUUGGCAGAGCUCGUGAGAAUCUCGCCGUAGCUGAAGCUGAACUCAUGUCGUCAACCUCGCAAGAAGUCUGCGAGCUGUGGAAUGGACAAGAGGUUGUGAGGUGUAUGGGAUCGCCUUCGGUCACCGAGUUCAUCUGUUUGUUGCCGGCCACCGAGAAGGACAGUCAGAGAAAUCCUGAAAUAAAGGUGGACAAAGAUUUAAGCGCAUUGGACGAUCAUGACAAAGAUCUUGAACGUGUCGGUAAGAAAUCUUUCUUCGCUACAUGGCAGGGCUCUUACUUUCCUCUCAGACUUGAACAUAAACGCCGAUAUUGA